AUGAAUGGCGACAUCCGAUCUGAGUAUCCUUCUCAUGCUGUUGCGGUCGUUGGCAUGGCCGGCAGGUUUCCCGGCGCAAAAUCCGUUGACGCCCUUUGGGAUCUGCUGGAAGCAGGAAAGAGCACGGUAGAGCCAGCGCCGACGGAACGAAUCGGCUUACGACACCUUCCUCCUGACGAUCUGAGCAGAAUGUGGUGGGGAAACUUCCUCGACGAUGUAGACGCUUUCGACCACGAAUUCUUUCGAAUUACAGCCAGAGAAGCACAGACUUGGGAUCCCCAACAGCGCAUUAUGCUCGAAGUCGCUUAUGAGGCUUUGGAAGAUGGUGGACAAUUUGGAGCUUCGCUGCCGUCGCGGAACCGAGAUUUUGGUUGCUACAUUGGGGCAGUCAUGAACAACUAUUACGACAAUGUCGCGUGCCACAAGGCAUCCGCGUACGCCACGAAAGGGACCUCAAGGUGCUACAUCAGUGGCGCAGUGAGCCACUUCUUUGGCUGGACUGGCCCUGCAAUCACCCUGGACACUGCCUGCUCCUCGUCGAUGGUAGCGGUCCACGCGGCUUGCAAGGCGAUCAUCGCGGGAGAAUGCAGCCGCGCCAUCGCAGGUGGCACCAACGUGAUCACCAGCCCACACGAUUACCGGAAUCUGGCCGCCGCCGGCUUCUUGAGUCCCACCGGUCAGUGCAAGCCAUUCGACAGUGACGCAGACGGGUACUGCCGGGCGGAAGGGGUUGGCGUCGUGGUGCUCAAGUCGCUCGCGACAGCCAUCGAGGAAAACGACCGAGUGCUUGGCGUGAUUGUCGGUUCCGCGGUCAGCCAAAGCGGGAACGUGGGUCACAUUGCCGUCCCAGACACGAGGGCUCAGGUACUCCUUCAUCGAAAAGCACUGAGUAUUGCGAAACUUUCGCCGGAGGAAGUAUCCUAUGUCGAAGCGCACGGAACGGGCACGAAGCUUAUGGCAUGUCGGCAAAUAUCGCGACCAUCUCUAUGA